AGUCUCUCACUGCCUUUCCUUCGCCACUCUCUCGCAGAGCCACAGAGGCAAGAGUCGCUCUGGCAGGAGGGUGCAGCUUUUAUUUAUUUUUUUCCUUCCCUUCUGUGACUCUGCAUCAACGUGCUUCUGAGGCUGACUGCAGGUGAUCAGAGCAGCUGGCUGGAAACCGUACCGUUGUUUGUUUUUCUUCUCUCCUGAGAAUGAAGAAGUGAAUCAUUCGUGACCGCAGUCAUGGCUGUGCAGACUGGCAUCCAGGUGUGGUUCGGCGAGAAGUUCGAUGCCCCGUCGCUGAGCCCCAGGAGCCCGAGGAGCCCUCGCAGCCCACUGGCCCAGCGGCACGGCCCCGGCCUCACGGACGUCUUCCAGUAUGACCAGUGGCUGGCAGUGCGACAUGAAGCCACCCUGGUGCCCAUGCAGGAGGAUCUGGCCAUCUGGCUCAGCGGCAUGCUGGGCGAGGAGGUGAGAGCCGAAAUCUUCAUGGAGGAGCUGAACAACGGCGUGAAGCUGUGCCAGCUUAUCGGCGUGCUGCAGACAAAGAUCGCCCAGAGCUGCCCGUCGGCGGCGUGCAAGCUUUUCUCCACGAGGAAGAUAGCAUGCAAGCGGGACGCUUCUCCGGGUUCCUUCUUUGCUCGAGACAACACCGCCAACUUCCUGGCCUGGUGCCGCCACGUCGGCGUGGAGGAGACCUACCUGUUUGAGUCUGAGGGCCUCGUGCUGCACAAGGAGCCUCGGCAAGUUUGCCUCUGCCUCCUCCAGAUCGGCCGCAUCGUCUCCAGAUAUGGCGUGGAGCCCCCCGUGCUGGUGAAGCUGGAGAAGGAGAUCGAGCUGGAGGAGACCCUGCUGAUGGCCGAGGAGCCGCCGCCGGCCGUCAAGACCUUCAGCGUGUGCUGCCAGCACGGCGGCCUCUACCAGCCCGGGGAGCACGCCAUGGACGACCUGCCCUGCAACUGUGCCAACAGGGUCUCCAUUGAGUACCUGUCUGAGGGACGCUACAGACUGGGAGACAAAACCCUCUUUAUUCGGAUGCUUCAUGGGAAACAUGUGAUGGUGCGCGUCGGCGGUGGCUGGGACACGCUGCGCGGCUUCCUGAUGAAGUACGACCCCCUGCGAGUGCUGCAGUUCACCACUCUGGAGCAGAAGAUCCUGGCCUUUCAGAAAGGCCCCCCGGGCCUGGGAGGUCACCACUGCAACGCGGCUCCAACCCUUCCUCCUGAGAUGGACCCCCUCGCCGCCGUCAAUGACCUCAUCUCUUCCUCGUCCUCGUCUUCCUCUUCCACCUCUUCGUCUUCUUCCUCCUCCCGCUCGGCCUGUAAGCCGGCGCCCGGGACCGCCGCGGGUCAGAUGUGUUGCUCGAACGCCGCCUCCCCGGCCCGCACGCCCACGAUGCCCAGGAAGGGCGCUGCCUCGGUGCCCAGGAAGAACCUGCAGGGGACCCCUUCCUCCCCGAGGAAGCCCACCCAGCUGCCCCUGCCCACCACCACCACCAAAGCUUGCCCCUCUCUGCCGUCCAAGCCGGUGGGAGGCUCCAAACAGCCUCCCGUCCCGGGGAGUCAGGGGGUGCAGGCCCGUCGCCGAGCCCUGACUCCAACCUCGGCUCCAUCGCCUGCACCCGCGGGUCCGAGCCCCGCCUCCAGGCCGAAGCUCCGACCGCCAGGGCGCGGCCCCGCCUCACAUCCCAGGAGCCCCGUCUGCCCCGAGCCGUCUUCCAAAUGCCCCAAACCCUCCAGCCCCUGCGCUUCUCCGACCGCCACUACUGUGCCCCGCCCCGCAGCCGCACUAGCGCGGGGCCCCGCCCCUAAAGACGGCAGGCCCCCGUCAGGGGCCAACCAGCGCUCACGCCUCCUUGCUCAGCGCCGUCCGGGCUCGCCGGCCUCGCGCCUCCGCCUGGAGGCCGCCAGGCGGGUGCGGGCGGCCACGAGAGGGGCCGCAACGGCAACUCCCCGGGCCCCCACCCCCAGUUCCCCCGCCGCCUCGCCGGGGCCACCAAAGCCUCCCUGCUCUUUGCCAAAGAACAAAGAGGUCACGGCCAAAGCCAAGGGGCCCGUCACGAACAAGGGAGCCGCUGCCCCUCCACGCUGCGCCGCCCUCCCCCCCCGCAGCAUGGCUGCCCCUCCAUGCGCCGCCGCUGCUGCUGCUGCUGUUCCAGGGCGAAUCCCAGGGGGCAACGCAGGCCCUUCUCCCAACAUCAAAGCCAAUCAGAAAACAUCAGCCACAGCACAGCAGUCGGGGCGAAAGCAAGCGCCCCCCAUCGACGGGAUGUCCACUCUGAAGCCGGGCGCGGCUCCAAGACUUGCUGUGGACCCGAAGAAAAAAGGCCCCAACGUCCGAGGCGUACAGACGGAGCCCAGCGCCUGCAAGAAGGCUCAACAACACAAGGGCAAAGGCGAGGACCCUUAUUUUGAAAUGAACAGUCGGAGGAGGCAGAGGACGUGACGGAGCACUUUGGUGUAGAUUUCUACAACAAAUUUGAUUUAGACGUUUUUCGUACGUUUUUGUUAUCUUUUCCUUGUGAAUGCCUUGUAUGUCUGGUCUCUGUGGCGGUUGAAUGGUCAGUUAACCUGCUCAACACUAAAACUUGCACAACAUUUACAUUUUAACUUGAACACAUGUGAUGCCGUUACAAAUCCUUUGUGUCAUCUGACUUUUGCAGAAAAACUUUUAUUGAAGAAAAAAAAGCCUAACAGUAACCGCAAAUCUAUUGGUUUUAGCUCUACAUUGUAAGAGGAAACAACCUCUUGGGGAAAUGCACUUGGGUGAACAUUUGUAGGUAAACCGAUGUUUCUUGUAUUCAUCGCAAAGCAGCCCAGCAGUGUUUUCUACAACAGGUAACCAAAGUUGACGUUUGUGGAGCUCAGUAACACAAUGAAUGGUUUCUCUUUAUUUUUCUGCUCCCCAGUGAGAACACAUUUUCCAUUGGUAGAUUGUGGGACGCAAUAUAUGUGUCUGAUGUUGGUAGCUGUGAUCAGUCUUCUGGAUGGCGCCGGACAAGGCGUCAUCAGAAACGGAUUUUCCUGUUGUGUGCCUUCAUCAGAGAUGUUUUGUUUCUGAGCGGUAUUUGAAUGUAUUAGAUGAUCGGGGGGGGGGGGGG